AUGGACACGGUCUCCCUGAAGCGGGAGAAAUGGUCCUCUUGGGCAGACUUCAUAAUGAGUUGCAUUGGUUACGCCAUCGGGCUCGGAAACGUUUGGAGGUUGUCUUUUUUAUGCUUUAAAUGAAAAUUGAUCGCACAAGGAUGUAUUCUGAUUAUUCAUUAGAUUAACCUGUUAAAACUAAUCGUUGGUUACCUAUUUUUUUAUUAUUUUUUUAGUGAACUAAAUUAAAAAAAGAACCCCUGAAUUAUUAACCGGCCCACCUAAUAAAAUCAAAAAAAGACAUGAAAAGGGAAAAAAAAGAUGAGAUAAGUUUCGAUUUUCAAAGCUCUGAGUCGGAUCGAAUUACAAGCAAGCAUAGUAACACAUGUAUUCCUUUUCCAAAUGUAAAAAAACCAAAAACCAAAGAUCGUAUACAAUAAACGGGAAAAUGAUUCACCGAUUUCAAUGCGAAAAAGAAACUGAAGUCGUUUUUCAUAAUUAUUCUUGAAUCAAAAUCGACUCGUUCAAAAAUUAAUAUUUCCAUUUCAACUUUUGACAUUUUUUAAAAUCAACUCUGGAUUUAUUUUUCAAAAAGAAGAUUUAUAUAGAAUAUUUGAAAAAAAGCUCAUAAAAUGAACAAAAAAAUGGUCUAUCAGCUUAUCCAUUUAUCAUUUUUCUUCAUGAGAAAACCGAAAACCCAAAAAUAUUGCUUUACUUCCCAAAAAUAACGUGAAAGAGUAUUUUAUCUGAAGUUAAAAAUUAUAAGUUGUUUUCUCAUGCAGGUUUUUGAAAGACUCCAAACCACUACAGUAAUGAUAUAGCUUUGAAGUUUUAAAAUUCGCCUUUUUUCCAAAGUUAUUAUUUUCUGUGUUUUCAAAUGUCCACUAGACGAAUCAAUCACUAGGUAUGCAGCCAUUCUUCAAAAAAUGUUUGUGCUCUCCCAAGUCGUCCAUCAUAACCUUCCCCUCAAAAAAUCACUUGUUUUUCCAGAGGCCACCUCGUUUAUUACACAUCGUUAAAACCUGGACCAAAAAAAAAUUCGUUUAAAUUAUGUCGUCUAGUCAAGUUGGGGAAGUCUUUAAGCAUAUGAAAACUGAGUUGGAACGCGUAAAAAGAUAAUAAAAUGAAGAAUGAAAGAAGAAAAAUGCAGGUUUCCCUACCUUUGCUACCAAAACGGAGGCGGUGAGUCUGUUGAUCAUUGUGCUGUGUGGUGUGAUUUGCAGUAUUUUACAAUAGUUUUCGAGUAUUAGAAAAUGAGAAAACUUUAAAACACUGUAUUCAGCCGUAAAGUUUCAGCUUGUGGAAGGUUUACAUGGCAUUACUUCUUAUUCACAUGAAAAAUUAUUUUCCUUGGAUUUUUAUUCUGGUAUAACUUUAAGAAUAAAAUUUUCGAGCAAUGAUAAAUCUUCCUUAUUUUAGAAGACAUCGAAAAAUAGAUCUUUUAUGAUGUUUUGAGCGUGAAACCUACUCUUGAAAAUUUUCGAAACGACUUUUAAAAGGAAAGAAGUUUAGAAUGAUAUAUUCUGAUGAUUGUUUGGUCAAAAAAAGCUAGUUUUCAUCUGUUGGGCGCGCUUUUUUUUGAAUUUUUUCUGAAAAAUUCUCUGCUUUUUAUUCGAAAAAUGAUUAGAACCUUUGAUUCUAUUUUUUUCUAAAAUCUGUCAAAGUUUUUUUUUUCAUUUGUCAGUCUUUCAUUAGUAAGCCUGCUGAAAGUUUUAUUUUUUAUUUACUUCUUUUUUGAACGUCGAAGGCUUAACACUGGUUAAUGGGAGUGAGGUGUUAAAAAUUUAAACUAGAAUUUGUGAGAUCAGGAUCUGAGAAACGAAUAAGUCGAGAAGGUUGAGACGUUCAGCAUAUUUUUCUUUUAUUCAAGAAAUUCAAUAUCCAGAGGGCAUUAUUCUUGUAAAACUGAAUUCAUUUUCUCUUCAUUACCCACUAAAUUUUCAAAUCAAAAAAAAUUCUGAAAAAGUCCGAGUUAUUAGGGGUAUAGUGCAACUGAGAGGCCAUACCAAUUUGUCGUGUCAGCUCCGCCAAGGCAAUUGUUCAAUGAGACGGGCGAGAAGGCAACAACUGCAAAAUCCGUGUUGGCGCCUGUUUUCACAAAUUUUCGGCCGUUGUUGUGUAACUCCACCGCCACUGGAGCGGCUGCCCCGGAACUUAUUGAGUUUCAUUUCAACCACCCUCUCCGAUUUAUGACAGCUCAUUAGAAAAUGAGGCCGACGAUAAAUUUGGGGGAAGAUAUUGAACAUAAACAGUGGCGGUCAAACAGAAAAAAAGAUAAAAUAACUCUUUGAGAAUGAACUUUUGAUAAAAACCAUUUCCUGCAGUGUCUUGAUUUGACUUGUUGUGGCGUUAUCUUAUUCUUUUCUUGUUUUUACAAUACUAUUUUCCAGGAGCCUUCCUAAUCCCUUACUGUAUCUCGCUGGUUUUUUGUGGAGCUCCACUUUUCAUUCUCGAGACUUCAUGGGGCCAACUUCUGUCUGUUGGCGGUCUCGGAAUGUUUCGAAUCUGCCCAAUUUUCAAAGGUGAUAUCAUUGUUGAAUAUAAAGCAAUCUCCUUAUUUUUCGAUGACUCGAAGUUUUUCUUCAAAUUUUUUUUAUUUUGUCACAAAAGCUUUAAAAUUUGACCCUUAAGCCUUCAUGUUUUUUUCAGGUGUCGGAAUAGCGGCUGCAGUCAUGGCAUUCUGGCUCAAUAUUUAUUAUAUCGUCGUUCUGAGUUGGGCAGCCGCCUAUUUGUAUUAUUCUCUUCGGUUGGACACCAAUGUCCCCUGGCGGAGCUGUGAUCAUCCGUUCGUUCUAUAUUUAGUUCUCCUUUUCAAUUUCGAUUAUGAGAUGGUAGAUUUAGGGACCGCAAAGCCACGCCCCUUUUCGCGAUAGAAAAAGUGGCUUUUUUUUGGUUUUCAACUUUCAUUUUGCUGUAGUUGCAAAAUAUGUGGAACUUGAUAAUAAAUUUUUGGCACACAUGUACAAAAAAAGCUUCCUCUUUCGUUUAAAAAAAUAUUUCACGCUUUUUUUGAUGCGUUCGCGCGGAAUGUCGUACAAAAAAACGUGAAUGGAACUAAAAAAAUUUUGUCGUUUUUUUGCUUUUUUUCAUGUGUUUUUCAGGUCGAACGCACUCUUUCUUUUUUUAAAUAAUGAUUUUUGAUUCAAGUAACGGUAAUUUUAAAACAAUAAAAUAAAAAAAUUCGUCUUUGCCAAAAAAAUUUUUAGGGAGUGCCGAAAGUCAUAAUUCAAAAAUAUCGUUAAUAAGCGAAUAUAAUCGAGUUUUUUUGUUUUUUUCAAAAAUUUAGACCAUGGGCUUACUUAAAUUUUUUUCCACAGCAUAUGUGCUUGAAAAAGUUGUUUAAUACGCAAAAAUGCUCUUGAAACUAGAGAAUAAAAUUAGCGGCGUUUAUCACAAAGAAAGCGGUCGAACGCAGGUUUUUCAAACGAUUAUAUACAUUUAUUAGUAAAAAAAUCUUUCAAUUAAAAAGAAUAAAAUAAAAAAAUUCGUCUUUGCCAAAAAAAUUUACGGGGCCGUUUUUAAUGCAGCGAUCGUUAAUAAAGGCAAAAAGCACUGAAAAAACAGUUUUUUCGAAGUGAAUUUCCACGAAAAGUUUGAGAAAAAAUUUGCAAACAUAUUCUGAUAAAAAUAGCUAAAUUACUUCAAAAUUUUCUUUUUGAAAUAGGCAAUCUGUGCUAUUCAAACGGCUCAAGGAUAUGGCGGAUGGAAACUCCCCUCGUAAUACUUAACAGCUUGGCGCAGCGCGUGCUGCGAUUUUUCAUUUUGAGGUCGCGAGUUCGAUGCCCGCAAGCGUCAGUUUUUUGUUUUCUGGAAAAUACUGACUUUUUCGGCAAACUAGCUGAUUAGCAUCAUUUUAGCACUCUAUUAUAAUUUGUUACAUCAUAAUAGACCAGCAUCAAAACUUGUUCUAGAAGAAAAAAAUUGAGAAAAAAAUUUCAAAACUAUAUAAUACCAAAAUUUCAGUACUAAAAAUGGUGCGCGGCGCGCCACAUUUUCCGUCAUAACUUUUUUCAUCUUCAAUCUUUUUUGAAAAACUAAACGGUUCUGAGUUUUGAAUCGAAACAGCUAUCAAACCAUACAAAACUCAAUGCUGAAAAAAAAUUUUUUUGAAAAAUUCGUCUGCGGUCCCUAGGUAGAUUCCAUAAAAAUAGUUGAAUCUUGUAGUUAUGGUUAUAUUCAAUAAUAAGGAACAUAAAUAAAUAAAGUAAUGGAAACCAUAUCAACUGGUAUGACUUAAUUUGGGCUUGAAGAGUUUACAUUUUUAAGUGCUAAUGAAGAAAAUAACUAACUCUUUCCAAUAUUUCAUUCUCUGACAAUUUGUCUAACCAUUUAAAGGCUCUCUAGCGAGCUAUUAUAUUAUUCACGCCUUUUAUGAAUUUUUCAAUUGGAAAAGUCGAAAAACUGGCUUCACGAGAAAGAAGCUGAUGAUGAUUAGAGUGUAGGAUUUUCUUGACCGCAACGCGUCUUCUUGCGUUGGCCGUCCAUUUUGAAUUUUUCAAAACUUCAGCUGGAACACCUCCUCGAUGCCGCUCAGAGUACGUCAAAGUGCCAUGUGUCAGCAACCGAACAAUCGCCGAUUUCUUCAAAGUCGAGGUAACUUUUAGAAGAUUUGAGUUUUCCUCAAAAACUUGAUAAAAUUCAUUUUCAUAGGUCCUAACCGAAGAGCACUUCAUCGACUACAAGAAACAGUACUUUGUGGGUCCCUUGGAAAAUUAUACCGUUUGUUCUGCCGACGAUUUGGCGGCUGUUUCUCCAGUCAAGGAGUUCUGGAAGUAAAGAACGAAAAUUCAGAAGAAGUCCAGAAAUAAUCCAAUUUUAAGCAACAAGAUCCUGGGAAUCUCGGCUGGAAUAGAUAGCCCCGGGGCCUUGCGUUGGGAUCUGGCCAUUUUCCUGCUUCUAGUUUGGAUUAUCUGCUAUUUGUGCAUUUUCAAGGGCGUCAAAUGGACUGGAAAGGUUUGAAGUUUGUUUUUUUUUUCGUUUUUCUGGUAUGUAGAUCUUUUUUUGAACAAUUCCAUACGAGAAGCCGGCAAUAAAAUUAUCGAAAAAAAUUCAUCCGUAGAGCGCAAAAGAUCAAUUUGCGCGGCUUUUCUUCCUAAUUUGUUCUUAAUACUUUUUCUAAGUUUUUUCAACGUAUAGGGGGCCUUAAAUUACGCAAUUUUUUUGUAGUCUUUCAUCCUUUGUAAUUUUUCCAAUUUCUGUGAAAAAAAUCGAAAAAUCAUUCUAUUGAAAAAAAUCGUUCAUUGAAACAAGCCAUCAGCAAAAGGAUUGGUUUUUUAAAUUUUCGUUUAUAGGGCAAAAUUGAUCUAUCUAUAAGUCUAUAUGUCAUGUUUACCUCUUUAUUUUUGUAGCAUUUAAUUGAAGACUUUUUUAUAAUUUCUUUUUAAGUAGAAAGAAAAGUUUCGAAUCUCUAAAGCGGACUUACGAAGAAUAAUGCGGCCAGAUGUCCUCAAUAUUUUUUCUGGCUUCUGACCUUCCUUGGAUUUUUUUAAUAGCACAAUACAAUUUGAAGUCAAAUUAAAUUUCAGGUAGUAUACCUGACGGCCUCUUUCCCCUACAUCAUGCUCUUCUGUCUUUUGGUCCGUGGUCUCACGCUGGAUGGAGCCAAAUUAGGUCUUGAGUUCUACUUGAAGCCGGAUUUUUCGAAGCUUUUGGAGUCCAAGGUAAUUAUUGAGGUGAUGCGCAAGGAAAUUGAUUCUUCAGGUCUGGGUGGACGCUGUGACGCAAGUUUUCUUCUCCUAUGGAUUGGGUCUUGGGGCUCUUGUCGCCUUGGGAAGUUACAACAAGUUCAAUAACAAUGUUUACAAGUUGGUUUCCGUGAGAGUUAGGAUCAAUUAGAAAAGGAUUUAUCUGGGAAACUACAGAAAGAAAAGAUGCAAAAAAACUUUAAAAAAAACUUUUUAUUUUGGAAAUUAAAUUUUUUUAGAUUGUCCUCACUUUUCUCGGUUAACUUAGAAAAUGACUUGUAAAAAAAAUUUCUUAGCUUUAAUUUCUUUAAAUGUAUUUUUUCUCGAAAUUUAUUUUCCAGACAAGCCCUGACAGUGUGUUUCGUGAACAGCGGAACCAGCGUUUUUGCCGGUUUUGUGAUUUUUUCCUUCAUAGGCUUCAUGGCGACUCAACAGGAGAAGAGUGUUGCCGAGGUUGGUCUUUUUAUUACUAUUUUCCGUUAAAAAAAUGGAUUGGAUGAUUAAAGAAUGGGUUUUUCAGUCAUAUGUUUUUCAUUAUUUUUAUUCUCAAAGUCUCGAUAUUCAAAGAAAAUCUUUUUUCCGAGAUGCUCUCUUUGGGGGAAUUUUAAUGUUUGAGUGCUAAUGAACAGAUUUUUUUCCUAGUUUAUUUUUUUGCUUUUUUUCAAAAAGUUUUGAAACUUCAUCAUUUUCAGGUGGCCCAAGCCGGUCCCGGACUGCUUUUCCUGGCCUAUCCAUCUGGAAUUCUGCAACUACCGUACACCCAACUCUGGUCCAUAAUGUUCUUCUUGAUGGUUCUUUUCCUCGGCGUCGACUCUCAGGUUGGUUUCCCCUUCAUCCACGUUUCAGUUACCGAAUAAUGGUAUAGUUUUGCAGUUCUGCACGAUGGAAGGCUUUUUCACGGCAAUCAUCGAUGAGUUUCCGUCCAUCAGGGCAAGGAAAUACGGUCGAGAAAUAUUCGUCGGAGUCAUUUGCUUUCAUUUCCUACAUCAUCGGGCUGACAACAGUUACAGAGGUUUCUGAUUUGUUAACAAUUAGGUGUGAAUUUUUCGUUGGAAAAUAGAGACGAUUCAAUUCUACCUUGGGACAAUAAAAAAGGAUUAUUUGCUCUGAAAUUCCUUUUGACGGUUUUUUUCUGCGUCAAUAAGUUAAACUUUGGUACUUUUCGAUAUUUUUUAGAAUGAUAAGGAAAAUUAGACCUAUUGUGGGCUUACCCUUCUCUAUGCUGACGAUUUAAAAAUUUUUUCUUCGCUCACAAAAACCUCUAGUUCUACUGUCAUCGAAGAAGACCUCAAAUUACUUGAAAACUGGUGUUCAACAUGGCAAAUGGCUAUAGCUCCAACUAAAUGCUAUUCUAUUCAUUUCGGAAAAACGUAACCCAAAUAUUUCUUAUAAAAUUUCAAACAUGGCUUUACAGCCUAAACUUUCAGUUCGAGAUCUUGGUGUAGCUUUCUCAAAUAACCUUAAGUUCAAUGAUCAUAUAUCUGAAAUCUGCAGACGGUGUAAAUGUCGCAUAAAUGUUAUGUUUAACGUGUUUCGAUCCACUGAGCUUUCAUUGUAUUUAAAAAUGCUUUGAAGUGUAUAUUCGUCCUAUUAUUGAUUAUUGUUCUGUAGUCUAUGCUCCAAUUGACUCUCACAAUAUUUGUUUGAUUGAAGGUGUUCAGAAAAGUUUCCUUUUUCCGAGCUUACCAUCGUUGCGGCUUGCCCUACCACUCUUAUUUCACUUGUUUAUCUGAAAAUAGUCUCAAAACUCUUGAGACAAGACGCCUCAUCUUUUGACAUGUCUCUUGUUUAUAAAAUUGUACUUAGAGAAGUCCCCAUUGAUUUCGAUAGUCUCUUCUUUUUCCCCCGUGUCCGUGCGCUGCGUCGCCAUCGCUAUUAUUUACGUUCAAAUAUAAGACAUAAUAGUAACAUCGUUGCCUCGUUUUUUAGUAUCAGAAUAAUUAAUGUUUGGAACUCCCUUCCCGAUGUUGUAUUUGAUCUAUGUAAUGAUUCUAUGCGAUUCAAAAUCUAUUUAGAAAACAACCCUCAUCUUCUCGCUGACUUUCUUAAAAUAUCUUCUAACUUUUAAACGGUUUGUUGCUGUUUUCAAUGUUUAAAUUUCCCUUUUUAAAAAUUGGUUCUGUUAGAGGUCUUUUCGGCCCUUGAACUGUAUUAUUAUUCGUAUUGAAUAAAUGAUGAUGAUGAUGAUACACCGAGGGAUAAGGUAAAAUUAAUAUUCAAUAGUCCCUUCAAAAAAAUCCCUGCUAGUGUUUUUUUAAAAAAACUUAGAUUUGAAACUUAACUUAGAAAUUUUCGGAAAUUUGAAAAAAAUUAUUGUUUUUCAGGGCGGUUUCUACGUCUUCCAGUUGUUCGACUUUUACGCGGCGUCUGGAUGGGCCCUUCUCUGGCUUCUGUUCUUCGAAUGCAUCGCCAUCUCCUGGAGCUUAGGUGUGACAUAUUUCGAGUGAAAAAACGUUUUUAUUUGUAGAAAUUCGGGAAUUUUUUCAGAUUUUGAGUUGAUUUCGUGGGAACUUUCAAUAACUAAAAUUUAAAAAAAAAGUCGAAAAUAGACGAUUUUGCAGGCAUCAACCGCUGGUAUGACCACAUGCACAGCAUGAUCGGCUACUAUCCCAGCGCUUGGUGGAAAUUUUGCUGGGUUUUCGCGACGCCAGCCGUUUGCUUUUGUUUGUUUUUUUAUGCAUUUUGAUUCAACAUUUUGAAACUCUAGAAAAAGAAAUCAACAAGGAGAGUUUUUUUCCAGAAAAAAAUAAAAAAAUUAUACUUUUUCCAAUAAAAGGGGUAUUGUUAUCUUUUUCUGCUAGAUUCUCAUUUUUUUCUUGUUCCCCUCAAAAAUAAAAAAAUAAAUAGUAUUUUUUUCAAAAAGUUGAACUUUUUUUCGCGACCUUUUUUCGAGUCUGACCCGCUUUUUUUGAUCCUCCUUUAAUCCAAUAUUAUUCGUUGCAUUGACCUUUAACACCUCUCUUUUUUUUGGUUUCUCUAUCUUCAUUUUUUGAUCCUAUUUUAUUGAAAACAUAGAAAUUGUUGAAAAAGAAAAAAAGAAAGCCAUGGUCCUCUCUCAUUUUUUAAAAAAACUAUAUUUUUUUCUUUUUCUUUUUAAAUUUUUCGAAAUAUAUAUAUUUUUUUCAAUAAUAUUCAAUACAAUUUGUUUUGUGAGAAACUGUCGCUUUUUUUAUUCAGAAAAAAAGGAUAGCGCGAAAAUUUCAAUUUUGCUUCACAAUACUGAAAGAAAUAACGAAAAACAAGAGUCUUGAAACGAAAUUUGGUAAAAUUUGGUCCAAUCAGAAUUUUUUUUGCAAAAAAAAAGUAACAGACUGCCGCCAAAUAUAAUUUUCAGGGAGUCCUCCUAUUCGGUCUGAUCAAGUACGAGCCGUUGCGGAUCAAGGCCUACAACUACGACUAUCCGCUGUGGGCGCAGCUUUUCGGAUGGUUCCUGUCGCUGAGUUCGAUGCUCUGCAUUCCCGGAUACGCCAUUUAUGCGUGGUUCACGACUCCCGGCACCUUUCCAAGAGGUUCUUAUUGAUUAUUUUAUCAAUUGAAAAAAAGGAAAAAUUAACUGUUUUUCAUUUAGCGACAUUUCAGGAUUAAAAAAACUAACAAAAAAAGGUUUGUACUUGAAAGUUUUUUUCAAAAGAUAUUCAAGUUUUUUUCAGAUUAAACUAUCUCUGGAAUCGAAUAAACGACCUUCUGAACUAUAUUCUUUACCGACUCGAUAAAUUUGCAGAAAGUCAAGAUCCUCUGCCGGCCGGACAUUGAGAUCAAAGGAGAGACGGAGGCCGUCGAAAUGGACGAUUUCCAUCAGCUCUAACCUGAGCAAUACCUUCAUUUUUAGGCCUUGUUUCAUUGUUUUUUUUUCUUCUCUCAUUUAUCCAGAUUUUCUAUGGAAUUUCAUGAUUUCUUUAUGUUUUUAGUUUCCAACUUUAUAUCUUCGCACAAUAUUGAUAAGAAAAUGGCUCUCAUUGCACAUUCCACGCCCAUAAUAUUCAAAAUUAUCGACUUCUUUCAUCUUUGACCCGUCUUUUAAUAAGUCACUUUUUUUUCUCCUUUUUUUUCCCAAUAAGUCACUUUUUUCAAAUUAUUUUUUGUGUUGCUUGUUGUGGCAUUAACAUUUAUAAUUUCUGAACUUAUCUAAUUUUUAGAAAAAAAUUUUUUUCUAUGCGAAUAAAAUUUCAUUAAAAUUGUUCGAAAUAAUUUUUUCUUGCAUGUGUUCCCAUUCAGUAGUUUAUUGAUGAAAUUAUAAUUUUUCAGCUCAUUAGUGACGUCACCACUCAAAAAAUUAUGACGUUAUUCAAUCGAAAGUUAAAAAAAUGAAGAAAUUGACGUCAUCAGGGAAAGUCAAGAUCAGACGGCUUUUUUAAAGUUUCGUAUUUAGAAUCUUCUAGGUGUGGACAUUUUGGAGAAGUCUUUCGAAAAAAUUCGCUUGGAGUGGUCACUUUAAGGGUGAUGAUCCUCGCAAGGAGGGGAUAUCGAACCAAAUUUUGGAAUUAUUUGAAACUUUUUUGUAAAACCUCAAAGUUGACAUCCUGACGCUAAAGGCAUCAUCUUCUAAAUUCGUUUUUUUUCGGAUAGAACAUGAAAAUUCGUAGAGUCUUUCUCAAUAUAUAGAAAGUGGGAUAUUAAAAGUUUUCAGGUACCUAAGUAAAUGAGUUAGAGAGUUUUGGAGCAGAAAAAUCAAGAACAGCUCUUUUUUGUGUGAAACGGCUAUCUGAAGGGCGAAACUGCGGUUUGUCUCACCAAAUGAAGAUAUUUUUUGAAUCGGUGAUUAUCAUUCCAAAUUGAUUUGCAGGAGACGAAUGCGAGAAAUAACGCCAUGGCACUGCCAAUCAGAACCGAUUAGGCUUUGAAAAAAAAUAACCGAUAAAGAAAAAAAGAGAUUUUCAUGGAUGGGAAGCCGACGCCAGUUCCAGUAGCGUGGCAUGGCCGGUUCCACGAAAUAAUAAGCGCGGCGAAGGCGUCGAGGCGGCGUGGGAAGAAUCGAAUCGUAACACGAAAACGAAGGAAAAAGAACAAGAUGAUCGGGUGUCGAUGAGAGAGACGAGAAACGCCGACGAAGAAGCGGCGGCGACGGAUGCGACAUUCGCCGCGACACGAGAUAUGACCCCGUUCAUCGUGCCGAGAAUCGCCGUCCGCGUCAACGUCGUCCUCGUCUUCGCCGUCGCGGUUGGCAUCGUCGUCGCUGACGUCGUCGACGCGUCCUCCAUCCGGAGGCAUGUCGCUGUCGGCGAGCAAUGGUAUCGGACGCCAGGUUUGGCAACCUCACUUCUUCAAAGAAGGAAAAUGAUAAGCUAAUUUUCUUUCGUCAUGAUGAAAUCAAUUUCGCCUUCAAAAGGCGCCGUGGUGCUUUUACAGGGUAUUUGCGAAGCGGUUAACUUGAUUUCUCUCUACUUUUGGAUCACUCUUACGUUUUGUGAUAUUUUUUUUCAAAUUAAAUCUUUAAUAUUUCAGCCUUAUCUGUCCCUUACAAUUCAAAUAGCUUUUCGUGAAUGAGAUAUAUUGACCUUAUUCUGUUUUCGAAGAUUUUUCAUUUUCAAGGGUACUGGAAGCGAAAAAAAUAAUCAACGAUUCUUUGAUGGUUGCACGGGAGGGUCAAGUUUUCUUUACUUUGAGGAAAAAUGGUCAAUAUUCUCAUCUCCCAAGUUUUCUGAGGCUUUCUGGCUCGCGUAACGUUACCAUUGCAGGAAAUCCAGGCGUGAAAAUCCGACUCACAAAGAAAGGCGCAAAUCAUCUGAAAACGGUCGGCGUCAAGCUUUUCAAUGAGCAAAUAUCGACGUUGCAGGUUCCUCCUUCAUUAAAAGAUCUAUCACCUAUCAAAAAAUUAAGGGCUAUGCCUUGAGGAUGCCAAUAACUCAGGCAGGACUGAAUGGAUGGGUGACGUUGACCGACGUCAGAGUUCUUCAUUAUCGACCUCCGGAGGUGUUUUUUUUAUCGCUCUUUCAUGAAAAAGAAUUUCAAAUGAGUUGUUUGAUAAUUUAAUAAAAAUUUCAGUUGUCAGUGAUGAACUUCCUUCCGCCACGUAGCAUCGUUCUGGGCCUAGAAAACAUGGACGUAACGUGA